GCAUCAGUUGUCAUUGGGUUUUAAAUCGUUGUACAACUGUUUCUCUAGUCAUCAAUGACUUCACAUUUAUGUUCUGUUCAGAUGUAUUACUCUGACAUUUGUAGAAAGUGAUCGCACUGCUAAAGGCACUGCACCUAAAAAUCUUUGUUUCACUUUCGCUACUGUACUAGACUGUAACGUUAGUACUAUCAAAAGAAGUACCCCAGUAGGCCUCCGGACCAGUUGGGAUGGACGGGAUACAAACUGUACAAUAAGUUGUAUUGCUUCAAGGACCAUAAUACACGGGUGUGUUGCUAAGAAUGGGCCAUGGCGACUUCUGGUAAUGAUACUACAAGUACCCUGGAGCUCCUACAGACCGAUGAUUCAGCCAAUUUAAUACCCGGUCAACCACAUUCAUCUUGGGACCCAUGUCAGAGCACCGACUGGGACAAUGAAGCCCCUACUACACAAUGUAUUCUUCGUAUUAAAAGAGAUAUAAUGACAAUAUUUAAUGAGCCCCCGCCUGGCAUUAUUAUCAUCCCAGACAAGGAGGACAUCACGAAGAUUCAUGCCUUAAUCACUGGGCCCUUUGAUACCCCAUAUGAAGGAGGGUUCUUCUGUUUCUUGAUUCGCUGUCCACCUGACUACCCCAUACGACCUCCAAGGGUUAAACUCUUGACUACUGGUGACAAGCAAGUCCGAUUUAACCCAAACUUCUAUAAGAAUGGCAAAGUGUGUCUUAGCAUAUUGGGUACAUGGUCUGGACCAGCAUGGAGUCCUGCUCAGAGCUUGUCAAGUGUCCUAAUAUCCAUGCAGUCUCUGAUGAACGAGAAACCAUAUCACAAUGAACCAGGAUUCGAAAAGGAAAGGAAUUUUGGAGAUGCCAAACGGUACAACGACAUUAUCCGCCAUGAGACAUUAAGAGUUGCAGUUUGUGAUAUGUUGGAGGGCAAAUGUGUCUGUCCCCAGAGCCUACAAGAGGUGAUGGAAACGUCAUUUCCAGACUACUUUGAAUAUUAUGAAACCAUCUGUAAGAAACACCAGGACAUGCAGGGACAGACAAUGAUGGAUCCUUUUGGAGAGAAGAGAGGCAUAUUUGACUACUCAAAUAUACUAAAAAGACUUGGAGUAAUACAAAAGGAGCUUUCAGACAAAAUGGACAGUUGCUCUACAGACGAGACUUCAGACAUGGAGCAGAGCUGAUACUUCAUCAGUUACAAGAUUUCAGUUACCUAUAAUAAUUUGUUAUCUCAAUACAAGCUUUUGUUGGACCAGGACCACACAAGGCCACCAUAAUGAUAAACCUGGAGUGGCUAAGUGUACAUUCUUACUAAAGAUGUAUAAAAAAUUUGUUGCCAUUGGACAGAUUUGCUGCUGCUUUGUGAUUGGACCAAUACAUGGCAUUCCCUUUCAUCUUGUUGUAGUUGGAGACAUGAUUUUACUACUGUACAACAUACUUAAUUUCAUGCUGAUGUUUCUGUGAUGGUGAGAAUGUUUGUUAAAUCAUGAGUGUUAUUGUAAUUGACUAACUCAUUUCGUUUAAUAUUUCUUUUGCAUUUGUUAAAUAUAUUUGUAAUUAAUAACAAAUAAAUAUUGCAUACAUUUCUACUUGUACAAUUUCACUGAUGGAUCUGCAAAUACUAAUUGCUAAUUGAUGGAACUCCACACAUUUUUACUUCUACUGCUAAUUGAUGGAACUCCACAUAUUUCUACUUCUACUGCUAAUUGAUGGACCUCCACAUAUUUCUAUUUCUACUGUUAAUUGAUGGUCCUCCACACAUUUUUACUUCUACUGCUAAUUGGUGGUCCUCCACACAUUUCUACUGCUAAUUGAUGGUCCUACACACAUUUCUACUGCUAAUUGAUGGACCUCCACACAUUUCUACUGCUAAUUGAUGGUCCUCCACACAUUUCUACUUCUACUGCUAAUUGAUGGACCUCCACACAUUUCUACUUCUACUGCUAAUUGAUGGACCUCCACAUAUUUCUACUUCUACUGCUAAUUGAUGGUCCUCCAUACAUUUCUACUUCUACUGCUAAUUGAUGGUCCUCCACACAUUUCUACUUCUACUGCUAAUCGAUGGACCUCCACAUAUUUCUACUUCUACUGCUAAUUGAUGGACCUCCACAUAUUUCUACUUCUACCAAUUACUGAUGGUCCUCCACACAUUUCUACUUUAACCAUUAAUUGACUUUUAUUGUGUUGAAGAUUAUGUCAAUAUAUUAUGAGGAUGAUUGCGUGACAUGGGAGUGUGUUAUUUGUUUGAGAGAAUGAAGUUUGUAUUUGAGAGCAUUCAGAAAAUUAGAGUGAAUAAGAUCAAGUGGAAGUUAUUUCACGACGGUGUAGCUUUAGGGAAGAAGAAGCUGUGACUGUUUUCAGGGAGGAGUUUGAUGAAGUGUUGAUGAGUGUCUCAACUAUUAUAAAUGUGAGUGUUUGUUGAAGGUUUUUAUCACUGUAUGCAAUUUUAUUCAUUAUGGUAAGAUAUGUGUCAUUGAUCUAUCAGCGAGACUGUUUUGCAUUUAGUAGCAGUUUAGCUAGAUUACUAGCAGUCUGAAACUUUAUUUUGCAUGCACUGCCUACUCCUGUUUGUUUUGUUUAAAUGUGAUUAUUUAGAAAUUAAUUUUGUGAAACAUCUGGCAGUCAUAAAUUCCAUGCUUGAGAACACAACCUUCCUUUUCUAUUGUAUUAUAAGCAGAAUUGUAGACAUGCUCUAUCAUUACCAUUUAAUAAACCAACAUCCCUUUUCAUUA